CCAUCCACAAUGGAGAAGAGGAAAAAAGGCUCCUCUUUGGAACUGAGACUGAUGGUGGUCGGCAGCAGCGGACCGUCUCAGUUCCAGCUCACCAAUGCAAUCCUGGGAAAGGCGGAGUUUUCUAAGGACAUCUCCAGCAUUUCCGGCAGCAGGAAGAUUUUGGGUGAGCUGGCCGGAAGACGAGUGGCCGUGAUCAACGCCCCCAACAUCUACGAUAAGGACAUAUCCCGAGCCAAGAGGAAGAUGGAAGUAAGGAGGUCCAAGUGCUUGUCCAUGCCUGGCCCGCACGCCUUCCUGGUGGCCUUCGACAUGGAGCAGAUCUCCCCGAACGACAUCAGGACGCCUCAGCUGAUGAUGAAGCGUUUCGGGAGGCGCUGUUUGAGACACUGCAUCGUGCUGUUGGCCUACGACGGGAACCCGGAAGAAGCCGCCUUGGAGGGAUUGGUGCAGAACACAGAUUGGCCCUUAAGGCAUUUAAUUGAGGACUUUGGCGGCCGCUUUUACAUCUUCAACAAGGACUGGCGGGAGCGCAGCCGCGAGCGAGAGAUGCUGCAGAAGAUCGAGUACCUGGUGGCCUCUUUAGGCGGAGCCUGCUUCUCCAGCAGGACCUUCCAGAAAGCCGAGCGCAGCGUGAAGGAGGAGGAGAAAAGGUUGAUGAAGAAGAUGACGGCAGAUAACGAGAAGGUGUGGAGCGAGUUGGAGAAGAAGUACUUGUCGGAUGAACUGUACCGCCAGAAAGACGCCCACACGGCCAGCGUCAGCGCCGACAUUCGGGCCAAGGCGGAAGUAGACAACGGCUGGCUGAGAACAUCGCUGGUCAGAGGGGUGGGCACCGGCGUGGUGGUGGGCGCCGUCAUGGGGGCGCUUGUUGGCUCAAUAGAGGGGCCAGGGGGGAUGGUUCUCUACAGUGUCAUCGGGGGCGCAGUGGGUGGGUUUGCAGGGGGCGCGGCUCAAGUCGCCAUCAAGCACAUGGAGGACAAAGUGGCCCCCCCUGCCAGACUCAACUUCAACUCCAUCUUCAUUAAUCGUUUCUUUGCAACAACUCGGCCAUGA